AGCCGCUUUGCCACAGGCAGAGGACGGGGAAGCUCUUUGGAAGCUGGGCGGGGGUUGGGGGGAUAGCUGGGUGGGCCCCACUCCAUCCUCCCGACUGAAACCUGAUGCAGCGGGAGAGGCUGAUCGCCAGAUUAACUGGGCGUUCUCAAAAGCCCGACGGCGGGGGAAGCCAUAAGGUGCCGCCUGCCUCCCUGCUCCGCUCAGUGCUCCGCCAGCAGCCGGCGGUGCAGCCAGCGCAUCCAUGGUGCCCGCGGCUCUCGGGGCGCUCCUGGCCCUGCUGCCGCUGGCCUCGACGCUGCAGAGCCCAGGUGCCCAGCGCGGGGGCCGGGUGCCGGAGCCCUCCGAGCCCGCCCUGCGCCGCCUGUCCCACUACCUGCUGGCCCACUACCAGAAGGGCGCCCGGCCUGUGCGGGACUGGCGAACGACCACUAAUGUGGCCAUCGACCUCAUGGUCUAUGCCAUCCUCAGCGUGGAUGAGAAGAACCAGGUGCUGACCACUUACAUCUGGUACAGGCAGCACUGGACAGAUGAGUUCCUCAAGUGGGACCCAGCUCGCUUCGACAACCUGACGCAGAUCUCCCUCCCUGUGGAGAGCAUCUGGGUGCCCGACAUCCUCAUCAAUGAGUUUGUGGAUGUUGGAAAGUCCCCACACGUCCCCUACGUUUACGUCAGCCAUCACGGGGAGGUGCAGAACCUCAAACCCAUCCAGGUGAUGACUGCCUGCAGCCUGGACAUCUACAACUUCCCCUUCGACGUCCAGAACUGCUCUCUCACCUUCACCAGCUGGCUGCACCACAUUCGUGACAUCAACCUCUCGCUGUGGCGGCAGCCGGAGCUCGUCAAGUUCGACCGAAGUGUCUUCAUGAACCAGGGCGAGUGGGAGCUGCUCUACGUCCUCACCCACUUCCAGGAGUUCAGCGUCAAGAGCAGUGACAGCUACGCUGAGAUGAAGUUCUAUGUAGUCAUCCGGAGACGCCCCCUCUUCUACACCGUCAGCCUGCUGCUCCCCAGCAUCUUCCUGAUGCUUAUGGACAUUGUGGGCUUCUACCUACCUCCCCACAGUGGUGAGAGGGUCUCUUUCAAGAUCACUCUCCUGCUGGGCUACUCGGUUUUCCUCAUUAUUGUAUCCGACACAUUGCCAGCUACUGCCGUCGGCACGCCAUUGAUAGGCAUCUACUUUGUGGUGUGCAUGGCACUGCUCGUCAUCAGCCUGACAGAGACCAUCCUGAUUGUGCGCCUGGUGCACAAGCAAGACCUGCAACCCCACGUCCCUGAGUGGGUGAAACACCUGCUGCUGGAAAGAGCCACCAUCCUCCUCUGUAUCCGGGACAGGAAGAAAUUCAGCCAAAGCAGGAUGCAAAACUUGGACACCUCCAGGCAGGUGGAGAACAAUGACAGCACAGCCAAGCCGACCCCCUAUGUCUGUGAGGGUCCCUGGGAGUGCGGGGCAGUGGGGAGCACAAGGUCUGCACUGGCCUUUGCUGGCCAGACAGAGGGCUCAGCAGCACUGCAGGAGAUCCUGCGUGAGACCACGGCUAUCCGCCAGCUCCUGGAAAAACGGGAGGAAUUCCGCGAUGCCGCCCGUGAGUGGCUGCAAGUGGGCUACGUGUUGGAUGUCCUGCUGUUCCGGGUGUACUUGGCAGCCGUUCUGGCUUACAGCAUUACACUGGGCACCCUCUGGUCGGUGUGGAGGGACGCCUGAGCAGUGCCCGUUGUUCGGGGCGGGAGAUGGGGGACCUCACUCCGGCGGGUUCUCCUUGGCUCUGGGACUCUCCAGUGUCUGUCGACCCCGGCGGGCGCAUCCCUCACGUCCCUCAGCUCCGCAGCGGGAAGGCGGAGCUGAGCAGGAGCCCCCAGGACCCCAUGACCCUGCCCAAACCUCUCUCCACGCUUCCCCUGCCAACUCCGGGAGCGCCCCCGGCCCGGCCGGGCACGGCGGCGGCUUCAGCACCGCGGACAGCGGCCCCGCGCCCGGCCCGGCCGCCUCCCGCCCCGGGUCCCCCGGCACCGGCUGGGUCCCCGCUGCCCCGGGGGAUCCCCACCGCCCCGGGGUCCCCCGGCACCGGCUGGGUCCCCGCUGCCCCGGGGGAUCCCCACCGCCCCGGGGUCCCCCGGCACCGGCUGGGUCCCCGCUGCCCCGGGGGAUCCCCACCGCCCCGGGGUCCCGCUGUCCUCGGCUCCCCUACCCCUCAUCCCGGCUGCUGCCCUUGGAUCCUGCCCGGGCCCCGGGCACGCUUGCCCAGCAGAUCCCCACCGUGCUUGUGCUCAGCAGUUUUAGCAAAGCCGGAGAGACUCUGGGUCCGGCCGCGGCCAAACCGGGAUGGCAACGGGACUGACUCCGUGGGCACAGGGUGCUGGGCAGGAUUGCCACCACAGCUGCAGUAGGUGCCCAGCUCCCGCUGUCAUCUGUCCCUGCAAGGGCAGAGGCACAAGGAGAAGAGAAGAGCAAAGUGCUGCAGAUGCCAUGAGGGCCCAUUCCAUGUUCUAGGAGCAUCUCUGCAUAUGCAGGUGAUGGGGGUGGGCUGACACCACCUGGCUCUCAUAUAACUGCCCUCAAACCCACCAGCCCCAGAGCAAGACUCCACUCACCGUCUCAGAGCCAUCACCUGCAGGAAAACUUACCUCUGAGUGAUGGGGGCUGAGGACGGGUGGAACGGGCUCCUGCCAGCACUGGCCCGCACUAAUGCGCUGAUGGUCUGUAAGUGGCUGCCUAUUGAUGAGGUGUCCAGUUAAAGAGUUCGUGAGACACUAAAUCAGCCCAUUGAUCCUGCCGAGAUCGAUGGUGCUACAGACCUGAUCAGUGCAGCGGGCAAUUAACACCCUCUGGAAUGAGCUGCCUUCGUGUAACAUCAAACGCUCCAACAGACAAAUCCAAUGGGGCCAUUGACCCAGGUGUGCGAUGCCACCCAGCCCAUGUAUUUGAUGAGGGUACUGGGCAGCAAGACUCCUGAGCCAGCCUUGCCAUCUCUCUCCUGCUCACCGUGACCCUGAUGUCCCCCAAGGCUGCACUGCAAGAUGCUCAUCUGUGCUGCCGUAUCCCAUUGGAUGUUUUGGUCCUUGUCCUCCCUGUGCUAGGAAGCCAUCAUGCACCCAACCUAACCCCUUCAAGAAGCUCAGCAGUCCUUUUCCCUGGAAGGACAGGCUGCCUAUCCUGGAGGAAAGAUUGAUUCUCCCCUGCCCUCUUGCUACUUUGGGAAGUGCUGCAUGUAGGAAAAAGUUCCAGGCAUCUGAGAGAAGCCUGGAUUUUCCUCUUAAAAAAAAAAAAAAAUCAAUAAAUCUGAAUCUAAUCUCCUAAUAAAGGUUUAAUGAGGACAUA